CGCGCGCGGACCGAGGUUAUGAACGUGAUUUCUGAUGAAACUGGAUUGGAAUAAUUUUCAUGAUCUUUGUAUAUUUAUAUAUAUAUAUAUUUUAAAAUUUUGCAUUUGACUUAAAGUGCCAUGAGAAAAUUUGCAUAUUGCAAGGUGGUCCUAGCCACCUCCUUGAUUUGGGUACUCUUGGAUAUGUUCCUGCUGCUUUACUUCAGUGAAUGCAACAAAUGUGAUGAAAAAAAAGAGAGAGGACUUCCUGCUGGAGAUGUUCUAGAGCCAGUACAAAAGCCUCAUGAAGGUCCUGGAGAAAUGGGGAAACCAGUCGUCAUUCCUAAAGAGGAUCAAGAAAAGAUGAAAGAGAUGUUUAAAAUCAAUCAGUUCAAUUUAAUGGCAAGUGAGAUGAUUGCACUCAACAGAUCUUUACCAGAUGUUAGGUUAGAAGGGUGUAAAACAAAGGUGUAUCCAGAUAAUCUUCCUACAACAAGUGUGGUGAUUGUUUUCCAUAAUGAGGCUUGGAGCACACUUCUGCGAACUGUCCAUAGUGUCAUUAAUCGCUCACCAAGACACAUGCUAGAAGAAAUUGUUCUAGUAGAUGAUGCCAGUGAAAGAGACUUUUUGAAAAGACCUCUAGAGAGUUAUGUGAAAAAAUUAAAAGUACCAGUUCACGUAAUUCGAAUGGAGCAACGUUCUGGAUUGAUCAGAGCUAGGUUAAAAGGAGCUGCAGUGUCUAAAGGCCAAGUGAUCACCUUUUUAGAUGCUCACUGUGAAUGUACAGUGGGGUGGCUGGAGCCUCUCUUAGCCAGGAUCAAACAUGACAGGAAGACAGUGGUCUGUCCUAUCAUUGAUGUGAUCAGUGAUGAUACUUUUGAGUACAUGGCAGGUUCUGACAUGACCUAUGGUGGAUUCAACUGGAAGCUCAAUUUUCGCUGGUAUCCUGUUCCCCAAAGAGAAAUGGACAGAAGGAAAGGUGAUCGAACUCUUCCUGUGAGAACACCUACAAUGGCAGGAGGCCUUUUUUCAAUAGACAGAGAUUACUUUCAGGAAAUUGGAACAUAUGAUGCUGGAAUGGAUAUUUGGGGAGGAGAAAACCUAGAAAUUUCCUUUAGGAUUUGGCAGUGUGGAGGAACUUUGGAGAUUGUUACUUGCUCACAUGUUGGACAUGUGUUUCGGAAAGCUACACCCUACACAUUUCCAGGAGGCACAGGGCAGAUUAUCAAUAAAAAUAACAGACGACUUGCAGAAGUGUGGAUGGAUGAAUUCAAGAAUUUCUUCUAUAUAAUUUCUCCAGGUGUUACAAAGGUAGAUUAUGGAGAUGUAUCAUCAAGACUUGGUCUAAGACACAAACUCCAAUGCAGACCUUUCUCUUGGUACCUGGAGAAUAUUUAUCCCGAUUCUCAGAUUCCACGUCACUAUUUCUCUUUGGGAGAGAUACGAAAUGUGGAAACAAAUCAGUGUCUAGAUAACAUGGCUAGAAAAGAGAAUGAAAAAGUUGGAAUUUUUAACUGUCACGGUAUGGGAGGUAAUCAGGUUUUCUCUUACACUGCCAACAAAGAAAUUAGAACAGAUGACCUUUGCUUGGAUGUCUCCAAACUUAAUGGCCCAGUCACAAUGCUCAAAUGCCACCACCUAAAAGGCAACCAACUUUGGGAGUAUGACCCGGUGAAAUUAACCCUGCAGCAUGUGAACAGUAAUCAGUGCCUGGAUAAAGCCACGGAAGAGGACAGCCAGGUGCCCAGCAUUAGAGACUGCAAUGGAAGCCGGUCCCAGCAGUGGCUUCUUCGAAAUGUCACCCUUCCAGAAAUAUUCUGAGACCAAAUUUACAAAAAAAGAAGAAAAUAAGGAUUGACUGGGCUACCUCAGCAUACAUUUCUGCCACAUUCUUAAGUAGCAAAAAAGGAAAAGUGCUUUCCUCCUGCAGGAUGUAAGGUUUAUCAGCCAUUAAAACUUAAACUGCUCUCUCUUUCACUAGCUGUGAACCGGCCUUCCUGCCCAAGGACGUGAAACUAUGUAGUAGUGAGAUUGUGCACACUGAUGUUUACAAGAUUAAAAGAGUCUUUCAUCAAGAAUCAUUGUAAAGAAUAUUCAGACUGAAACAAUCUACGAAAUGUGCUUUCCAGAGAGCUGCACCUUUU